GUUUUUUGGGUAUCUGAGGAACCAAAGACCAGAAAACAAAAUGUUUAUUUUAGUGGAUCCUUCUUUGAUGCUUAUGGUGAGGAAGAGCCUUUAUAACUUGAAGGGAAUGCUUUUGAAAGUGGUACAUGCGGAAAUGGAGGGUAAUUUAAUCUACCUGGUGAAGCUGGAAAUGUCACAAAUGAACAGGAUUGUGUGUUUGAGCUUCCAACAGGAAGCACUGCUCUUUCAGCACAGAUGGGUGACGCAAAUAUUGUUAUGGUGCCACUGUCCAAAUGCUGAAGAAGUCCAUCAGAGCUUUUGGACACUUCUGGGGAAUUCAACCUCGAAGAUAAAGCUCAAUCCAGAUCAAAAAGACAUGGCACAGAUGAAGGUGGAGCAGAUCAAGUCAUCAGUAAACCUUACAUUCCACUUGUUUCAGGCAGUGAUAAGCAGCUGAAACCACUUGCCCAAGAAUGCAAUAAGAAACACUUGGAAACUCAUCCUGCUAAAUCUGUUGCCACUCCAGCUGAGGUAACCAAUUUAGAAGAUAUUAUAUCAUUGGUAUGUCAUUUAGAUCACCAGGAAUCAGCAGAUGGUGUACCUAAAGUAGCUAAUGAUGCUUUGGAUCAUAGGGAAAAUGACAUCGACAUAGGGUCCACCUUGGAAUCAGAUACAGGGGAUGAACUCAUAUUUGUCUGAUUUAUCCUCCAGCUUCCAGAAGUGCUUCCAGUCUAUAAAUCAUACCAAGAACAAUGUCCAAAGCUCUCACAAAUCUGAGGGUUUGCAGUUGAAGCCAUUUGUUUAUGCGGCGGCAAGGGAACAGGUGAAAUUUGGAGAGGACAAGGAGGCAUAGGGAGAAAGGGAGAGAGAGUAAUUAAGGCUUUAGAGUUCUAGUUGGCUCAAAGGAAGGUUGCAAAAGUUCAGUUGUCAAUAAUAAGGGCCCUAUAGAUGAGGGAGCUAAAGGUUUUCAGCAACCUAGAUGACGCCAGGCUUUCCCAGUCACAGGGAAUCGAAGUGCAACUUUCUUUUGAUCUUGGAGGUGGUGUAUGCUCUCUUCUUGUUCUUUUAUCUUGAUUAAACUUGGAAAAAGAAAAU